UAAGAAUCCUCGUUGGUUCUUUUGGAACAGUGUUCCUUUUCCUCUCUCUCUAUUUUACUUGAACAGCACGCGUAGAUCCUUUCUCGUAGCUUUGUCACUUGCUUGUCACCGUUGCCACACGCCGUGAGGUAUGAACACGUUGCCAUUGAUAUUUGUAUGGUGUUCGUUCUUGUUCGCAUUCUUUCUUUCUUUGUGUUGUUCAUUUUUCGCGUUUGAGAUACGAACACGUUGUCUUCAAUUUUUGGAUGGUGUUGGUUCUUGUUCGCAUUCUUUCUUUCUUCGUGUUCUUAAUUCUUAACGGUUCUUGAUUUUUGUACAAUGUUUAAAACUAAAAUAUUCUAUGCGAGCCACGGCAAUGGAUCGAAGGACACAAUGGAAUUUUCGCGCGAUUGAUUCGCAUUAUGUAUUUGAUAGUUCUGAAGUGCGUUUCAGGCAUGCUGGCCCUGUACCACACACAGGUCGGCAAAUGUAUCAACCCAAUAGAAGAGGACAUUCCAGAACAACUCUUCCCAUUGAGUUAGUCCAAGUUGAUGGUGUCGCAGUGCUUGUUAAUCAUUAUAUAGACACGGAAUUGCGCGUUGAAGAUAUGUCUUAUGAGGGAUUGAAUGCAUUGGGCCAGCAGAUUGGCCAUGUAAGCACUGGUUUAUCAGAGGAAAUAAUAACCAAUCAAAUGAAGACAAAAACAUAUUUAAUGGCUGCUAGUGCUGUUAAUUUGGAGGAGGCUGAUGUUUGUGUAAUAUGCCAGGAUGAAUAUGAGAACCAAGAUACCAUUGGAUUUCUUCCAUGUGGGCAUGAAUAUCAUGCUGAUUGUUUAAGGAAAUGGUUGCUUGUGAGAAAUGUCUGCCCCUUGUGUAAAUCAGAAACAUUCAUUCUAGGGAUGUAAAUCGAAAAGAAAUGAUUGUUAGAAAGAUAAACAGAGGAGUGUACUUU